AUGACGGGAGCCGAACCGCUUUUGAGCAUGUCCACCUUGGCACACCCAUCGAAGGCGAACGCGGGCAUCAUCAGCGUUGGUCCGCCCGAUAUGUUGGCGCCAAAAGGCAGCUCUCAGCAGCAAGCAACGCAGUUCUACAACAGAACAGCCUUCGCCUGCAUGACUGCUCUCAAGAAACAGCGCAACCCAUCUAACUACUCACUCGAAGUGGCUUCUCUUGCGUGGCGUCUUGAGGAGCUCGUCUACUCCCACACAGUGAUGUCUGGCCUGCCGAAGCGCCGUGUACAACCUCUCAAAGCGCAACCCGAGGUUUUUAGUUUCCUUGGCGAGUUUUUUCCUAGCAGCGGCUCUGCGCUAUACAUUGGUAGUCACACAGACGUCUUGGUCCACUCUCCGGUCUUCUUUGACGCCCUGAUUAGCCUGGUGCACUCUACUGAACCGUACAUCCUCAUGAACUACAUCGGAGUUAGGUUAAUGAUUGCGGUGGCUGCUUUUGCGCCUUCCUCGGGCCGGGUUCUUGUGCAGACUAUGGUGGAACACCAGUAUGGCAGAGCACGACCCUCACUGCCCCGCUGGAAACUGUGCAUCCGUGCGGUAGAAAAGGCGAUUCCCGACUUGUUUUUGCACGCAGUGCGGCUCGCCUACAAGACCCAGUUCGCCAUGGACUCUGUGAAGAGGCUGCUGGAUUCGGUCAGGCAGUCACUUGCCGGUGACUUAGCCAAACUAACCGUGCUUGAUCGAGAAUCGCGCGCCCAGGCUUUGGGAAUGCUAAAUGUUACACAGUUUCGGCUUUUUAGGCCGUCAUGGCUGACCAACAAGGAAAAACUGGAGAGCUAUGUGAGGGCACUACCUCGCGUAGUGCGAGGCCAGAACCUGCGGUCCUUUCACGCACUUCACAGUCACAGUUUCACGGAAAGGCUUCGCCGAGAUGAGCCCGACCGGUGGCAGGGUUCAGCUUUUGACCGCGAUUGCAGUCAUGACGGAAAGGUGGUGUUUGUGCCUGUCCUCCUUUUUAACUUUUCUGUGUUCAACCCCGGCGCUGACCAGAGCCUAGAGUUGCCACAUGCCGGCGUGCGCCUUGCUCGUUGCUUGCUGCAGCUGCUACUGGCCAACGUGUCUCAGGACGCGACUGCCGCCGGCGGACGCCUCUGGUGGCCCGACAUGUCCAGCUCGUUCCUAGCCGUCUCCCAGCUCUGCUUUCACCAGUACGGCCUGCUGCAUGUCGGCUCCCUCCAGUUGCUCGAGUACACGGCCGCCAUCAAGCCCGCCACGGAUCUGUACCAGGAGGACAAGCGAAUCGACAUUCGCUUCGAAACGCUUCCAGCUUACAGUGCCGUGCACCUGUUUUUUGUUUAUUAUGCCCUUUCUUUCUGUCAAGAGUCAAAAUCGGACAACACCACCACGGUGGCUAGUUAUUUGACCAACGUGCCACUCUGGAACAACCGACUGUUUCAGGAAACUUUUCGUUGCCCUGUUGGUUCCAACAUGAACCCUUCCAAUAAGUGCGUUCUCUGGCGGGAAGUUCACUAG